AUGAUUUCGUGUUUGUAUAAAAAUGCGACAGUCUGUCUGGUUUGUUCAUGGCGCUCCAUUGUGGGGAAUUAUUUAACGCUGGGCCGGAGCACGGUAGAGUACGAGAGGAAUCAGUGCGGGAGAGAGGAGGCUGCGGAUCAAUACUUGGUGCUCGGCGCGUCGAAAGCGAACGCACCGAACACCGACCCCGGUGCCCUUCACCGGAGAGUCGACGAACCCUACACCCCCGCGUGUCACACCCCGUAA